AAAUCUUUCAUCAUUUACCAUUCAUUGUAGCAUUUUCAGUUUGUUUAUUUUGUUCACCCAUCAAGACAAGAAGUAAACGAAGUAUAAUUUCUGUAGUAACCAAUGCUAUAAAAACACUGAAGACUGAUUAUUUCUUUAAAAAGAUACAUCUUGCCACUACUAACUAAGAAGCCAUGCACUAAAAUAUUUCAGGCUUUAUUUUAAAGGCAAGUGAGACCACUUAAAAUAAAACAAUUUAAAGCUUCCAAGAAACAGUUAAGAGAAAGCAGAGACGAGCAGAAACAGCCCUUCACUAACACUCACACUGUUGCCAUGGACCUACGUAAGCAAUGGGAGAACACAGAGAUCAGCUGGCACAAGGAGAGGAUGGAAUUACUGGACCAGUUUGACAAUGAAAGAAAAGAAUGGGAAAGUCAGUGGAAGAUCAUGCAGAAGAAGAUAGAGGAGCUUUGCCAUGAAGUAAAACUAAGGAGGAAAAUGAAUAUUCAUGAACGUGCUAAAGACCUUAAUCUUGAUCAUGAAAAGCCCAAUCACGAAAAAAUGGUGGAAUGUUCUCCAAAUUACCUCAAUUUUGGCCAAUGUGAAUUUACAGGGAUGAAUCAUAAGAAUUUUUUAGAAAAAGAAGAUAAAACAGAGCAGAGUUUGCUAUGUGAAGGAAAGAAAUUUUGUAACGAACAAAAACAAACCAAAAAACCAAAAGUGGGUUUUCUGGAUACUUUGGCUACAGACAACCUAAAGGAAUAUGAGGAUUAUCUUGACCUAAAGACUUCUAAGGAAGAGAACAAGAGCUGUUCGGGUGCCCUAAACACCGCUCUUGAAGAACUUGUCAAAGUUAGUGAAGAGUUAUGCAGCUUUCAAGAGAAAAUUCAAAAACAGUCUAAACACAGAAGGUUGAAGUCAGAUUCUUUUCUUCAGGAAAUUCCAAAAAUUAAUGUGCCUGAUAGAGACUACAUGAUUAAUAAUGACCAGUGCUUUCUUGCAGUCAACUUAGAAAAAGAAAAUCAGCAAAAUAGAAAGAAUCUAUUCUGUACUGAUAUGCUCCAAAGCAGUCCUAUCAAAACAUGUGGAAUUGAUACAAGUGCUCUACAAAGAAAUGAAACUCCACCUCUGCCUCCUCCAAGAAGCACUUCUCGAAAUUUCCCCAAUUCAUAUCCUGAACAGGUCCAUGAAAGUUUGAAAGAAAAUUUAGACCACAAAAGCUGGGUAAUUCAAGAGAAUCAAGGUGAAUGGAACUGCAGUUCUCAUAUCCUUUCCGGUAACAAUAAAAUACCUGUAGGACUAAAUGAAGGGAAGACUUCGCUAGAUUAUGUCAAGUUUUCAUCUUUAACACCAAAAGCCAAAACAGAUAACAGAUCUCUAUGUAAUGAAAAUGUUGGACUUAGCCUACGGUCAUGUGACUUUGAAAUGGAGUCAAAAAAUAGUCCUGCAUUGUGGAUUCAGAAAACCUGCUCUGCUCCCAGUAAGCUAAAAUAUGGAAAAGUGAUCCCAAACCACCCUGUUAAAUUUCAUCCUGAUCUUUGUAUAAACAAUAACUACAGUUCAUCAGUGAUGCAAAAGAAUGGCCCCCAUAGAAAUUUCAGUUGUGACUUUGAAAGGACCACACGGAAUGAAAAACUGGCAGCAAAGACUGAUGAAUUUAACAGAACUGUAUUUAGAACAGAUAGAAAUUGUCAUGCAGUGAAGCAAAAUCAAAACUACUCUGAAUCAUCUGAUGAUCUUAAGCCCUGUAAUACCAUGAUGAUGCACAAGGGUCACAAAUUAGAAAAUAACAAUGUGUCUGAUAUUUUGAAGCCCUGCGCCCACAUGCCUGUGUCCAAGGAGAUGGCGCCUGGAAAUCCCACCAAAAAAUCAACAACAGGCCUCGUCAGACAAAUGCAGGAACAAUUAAGUCCUAAUAGUGAACGUAAUAUGCUUCAUGAGUAUGACUGGAGACCAGACAUGAAUUUGUCUGGCCGACCAAGAUCUGCUGACCCCAGAUCAAAUUAUGGUGUUGUGGAAAAGCUACUGAAAACAUAUAAGACAUCAACUGGAUCUGCAUUGCAUGAUUCUAAAUAUUUCCAGGAUAAUUGGACCAAAUGUAAUUCUGAGGUCUUUGGUGAGGCCACAUCAAAUCAUUACUUAGAAAUGCCCCAACUACAGCAAGACCUUCAGCAAAAAACAGCUUCCAUGUGUGGGGUACAACACGUGAUGCAAGGAAUAGAUAGGAAAAAAUUAACAGAGGAAUCCAUACCGAUGAAAUCCUCACAUGGAAAAGGAUUUUCCCGACCUGCUAGACCAGCUAACCGUCGUCUCCCUUCCAGAUGGGCAUCAAGAUCUCCAUCAGCACCUCCUGCCUUGCAGAGAACUGCUCACAGCUAUACAAUUGCUCUGCGAUCUGAAGUUUCGAUGGUUUAAAUCUCUAGCCUGAAUUGCUAAGAUUACAAAAGUCCCAUUUGCCAAACAGAACCUACUGAUUGUUUACAACUAUUACUGUAUCUUUCAAGAUCACUGAGACAAUUGAAAUCUCAACUUCCCAUCAGUCUUCAGUGUUUUUAAUCUUUGGAAUCAUUAUUUUUCUGUAUUUUUAUUUCUUAGAACAGAACUUUUAAUUCCAUCAUUAAUUUGACAAUAUGAUUUGAUUGAAACAAUGUACUAUAUUGUAUAUUCUGACUUACUUGCUCAAGGCAGAAAGCAAGGUUAUGUGCAUGGCCAUGUGUUUUAAGUGCAUGUAUUGAAAUAGGAAGCUCUCUAGUAUGUAUUUAGUUAGAUAAGAAAAAAAACCUAUGUGCUAGUGUUGACAUUGAAAUUAUAACAUGCAUACCUUAUAUUCUUUGUGUCUAUUUAACAUUUUUGAAACUAUACACUGCUGUUUAUAUUUUCUAUACCUUUUAAUAGGUAUGCAGUUAAAGCAUUGAGAUACACAUAUUAACUCACCACUCCAUGGUCACAAAUACAUUGAAAAUAAGAAUUAUACAUAUAGAUAAUAUUACAGAUUUCCAUAAUAUGAUUAAUAGUUUCUUAACCCAUUAAGAUUAGAUUAAAACCACUGAUCUCUUUAUUCACUCCUUUAAACAAUUCAUAUUUUACACUUUGUUUUGUCCCCAUAUUUUACACUUUUAACAGAUCAGCCUCUAAAGCAAAGAUCAAAUGUUCACAGAACAUUUUAUAUGUCAUUUGGUAGUCCAUUAUGGCUUUAGUUAUAUGGUUACCCUCAGCCAGAAUUGCAGGACUGCCUUACAUAUGUGAUUACACAUUAUUUCAAUUUAUCAAUUUUAGUAACAAAAAUUCCUUAAAUUUAAAGGAAUACAAAAAUAAAUUCAUUUAUAUUGAAUGUUGUUUUGUUAAAAUUGUAAGUUUUUACUUAAACUACUUGGCAUCAAACAUAUUUUGAGGUAAGUCAUUUAAUUUUCCCAAAUUUUAACCUUUUCCUUAAAAUUAGUAGAAAAAGAACUGAUUCACUUUUUAUUUAACACAGAGUUUUAGGAAUGAUAAUUCAUUGAGAGUUGAAUUCCAAUACAUUUCUUAUAGUGUGCUACAUUUAAAAGCCUUAAAUCAAACUUUGACAUCUCUGAGUAAGGUACAAAAAUGUAUUUUGGUCACAGUUUGCCUACAGUGAGCACAUAAAUCUAUUGAGAAUUGACAAAGAUAUGAAUAUUAAAGUUCUUGUAAUUAUAUAUGGAAGAAGAAA